UCGCCUAAUGAUGAUGAUUAUGUACUCUUAUUAUUUUCGUAUUUUCCAACAAUGACCUAGUUGGUCCUUGGUCAUUCCUGUUCUAAAGUUAGUAGGUUAGUUAUUUUACAGUUUAUAUUCACGGCUUCAAGUUGUCAUUUCAAGCAUUCUCUUUUGUCUGACAUUGCGAUGACGUUGAGUUUCAUCGGAAUAACUCUCACGCCUCUAAACCCUAGGGUAUGAGUCCAAACAACUAAUGCAGCCAACCAUCUCUCCUGUUAUCUACGCCAGCAGCAGUAAUUUCGUGAUUUCAGUGUAGAAGUAUAUUAUAAAAUGUUCAAUCUCUCAAAAACUGUAUCCAAAUUUUACUCUCCAUGUGUCAGGAGCAUUUUCCUGAGCAGUGUCCAACUCAAUCGAGACUUGUACAGUGUCCUAGGCGUGAAGCAGUCUGCGACCCAGGCUGAAAUCAAAGGAGCUUAUUACAACCUUUCCCUGAAAUUGCAUCCAGAUAGAAACAAGGGCAGUGACGAUGCCGCAGAGCAGUUUCGUUUAGUGACUGAUGCCUAUGAAGUUCUUGGCAACAUCAAACUGCGGAAGUUGUACGAUCGAGGGGCUCUCCAUAAACAGCCAUCUGGAGCCUCUGCGCCACCUCCACAGCCUCCAGAGCCAGAAGAACCGCUCGACAAAGACACGAAACAAAG